AUGAAUUCACUACCAGGCAACGUUGGUGCUGCGGGCGGCGGGGGUUAUGAUCCCAAUGACCCAAACAUUAAGCGAAUUAACGCCAUGAUGGAGUCGUGCUUUGGCAAGACUGCCAUGUCCGGAGUGAUGGGUUUCGGUAUGGGUGGUCUGUUUGGAAUGUUUAUGGCUUCUAUGUCCUACGACACGCCAUACCAUGUCCCGGGCGCGCCGGGCGCCGCACCAAAAGAACUCGCCUCCCUGCCUCUUCGCCAACAGCUCGCCACCGGCUUCAAGGACAUGGGCACGCGAUCCUACAGCAUGGCCAAGAACUUUGGCAAGGUCGGCGCCAUGUUUGCCGGUAUCGAGUGCGGCAUCGAGGGCUUCCGGGCCAAGAACGAUCUCGCCAACGGCGUCGCCGCGGGCUGCCUUACGGGCGGCAUCCUUGCCCGGGGCGGCGGUCCCAUGGCUGUUGGCGGCGGAUGCGCCGCUUUCGCGGCUUUUUCGGCGGCUAUUGAUGCCUACAUGAGGAGUCCGGGCGAGGAGUAA